AGUUGUUUAACGGCAGCGACCCAGCCGAGGGUGACUUUUACUGGAUGUUCUUGUCUCGACAAACGCGUCCCGAUCUGAGGCUGACUGUGGGGGAAAAGCCACUCUGAAGCGAAUGAAGAAACAUCUAAUCUUUCACUUCACAUACCGAGGACUUCUAACGAAAGGAAAAAAGAGUAAAAGAAGAAAAUGGAGUAUAAAUUACGAAAGGCUGAACCAAAGGACGUGUCUGAUAUAUUACGACUGGUGAAGGAGCUUGCAAAAUACGAAGAGAUGGAGCACCAGGUGACACUGACUGAAAAAGAACUCCUUGAGGAUGGAUUCGGUGACACCCCGUUUUACCAUUGUAUCAUCGCUGAAAUCCAAGGAGAGAACAGCAGUGACGAGCCGAAGGUGGUGGGUUUUGCCAUGUACUACUUCACUUAUGACCCCUGGGUUGGCAAACAGCUCUACCUGGAGGAGUUCUAUGUGAUGGAUGAGUACAGAGGGCUGGGCAUCGGUUCGGAGAUCCUGCGACACCUCAGUGAUCUGGCGAUGAAGACGCGCUGCACCGGCAUGAUGUUUGUGGUGGCGGAGAACAACGAGCCGUCCGUCCAGUUCUACAAGCGUCGCGGUGCUGAGGACCUCUCCCAGGAGGAGGGCUGGAGGCUGUUCCGGUUCGACAAGGACAGCCUCGUCAAGAUGGCCACCCCGGCUGAGGAGUGACGCAGGUCCGGCGCAGCAGAGGAGGGAGAGGAGGCAGCGGGAGAGUCUGGCCUCUGUGACCGACCCCUCGGCUCUCCUCUCCAGUCAGACGAGGUUCAGCUUUUAAAAAGGGGGAAACCUGUAUCACAGUAACGUGAUUUUGUGUGUGUGUGUGUGAGAGAAUAGUUCAGUCUCAUCAAGCCUUUUGUGUUUUGCUUAAUCACCUCUUUAAGUUUCUAUUGUUCCUGUGAAUCAAUCAUGUUUAUUCUAACCUCUCAUUGACCAGUCUUUGUUAGAACUGGUGCAUUAGAUGUGCAGGAAGUUGCUAUCACGUAUGUUUGCAAUAAAACAAUAACUGAUCACACACAUCAUGGUCUCAUGCUUCUGCACACUUUGUACAAGCAGUUAGUUCUGCUUCCAGCGUCUGUUUUCAAUGUUUCAGAUUGUUUCUAUUUUUUUCCCCCCAAAAGAAACCGUCUCUACAGAAAUAACUUGGAUGAAUUGUUUCUAUCAGGCGCUGGACACGGACAGUACAGGCUUCAAUCAGCAGUUAUUUAAUAUUCAAACUUUGUACUAUUUCAAAGUCCAGGCUCGAUGCUUAUACAGCAGCUGUACGUGUUGAUGAAACACAGCUGGAGGUUUUUACGCUGCAGACGGAGUUUGUGUAGUUACAUCACAGAACUGAAGAUGUGAAGUCUGUUCAUGUUUUAUUGGCACAUAGCAGUUGGCAGAAAUUAACUCAAAUGUAGUGCAAUAAAACGGUCUCAAGAAAGGUGAAUAAAUAAAGUGGACGGAGUAA